UUUUUUUUUUUGUUUCAUAAUACAUUCAUUCUAUUUAUCUCACUUUUCUAUUAAACAAUGUCUACUGACCCAUAUACCUAUUUUGAAGGCUUUGGUAAUCACUUUACCUCAGAAGCUUUGAAGGAUGCUUUACCCAAAGGUCAAAAUACUCCUCAAAAGUGUCCUUACAAUCUCUAUGCUGAACAACUUUCUGGUACUGCUUUCACUGUUCCUCGAUCUCACAAUCAACGAAGCUGGCUCUAUCGUAUUCGACCUUCUGUUGUUCAUACUCCUUAUGAACCUUCAACUCAAGAUUUACUUGUUAGUCAUUUCAGUGGUGAACAAUGUAUUGUUACUCCUUCUCAAUUGCGAUGGAGUCCCUUUGAUUUACCUGAAGAUACUGAAAAAGUGGAUUUUGUUCAAGGUUUGAAAACACUUGCUGGUGCUGGUGAACCUUCUUGUCGAUCUGGUUUAGCUAUUCAUAUUUAUACUGCCAAUACUAAUAUGAAUAAAACUGCUUUUUAUAAUUCUGAUGGUGACUUUUUGAUUGUGCCUCAAAAGAAUGCUUUAGAUAUUACUACAGAAUUUGGGAAAAUGAUGGUACGUCCUAAUGAAAUUUGUGUGAUUCAACGUGGUGUUCGAUUCUCUAUUGCUUUACCUGAUGGACCAGUACGCGGAUAUAUUUUAGAAGUCUUUGGUGAACAUUUUGAAUUACCUGAUCUUGGUCCUAUUGGUGCAAAUGGUUUGGCUAAUCCUCGCGAUUUUUUGACUCCAAUGGCUGCUUAUCAAGAAGAAGAUAAUGUUACAUGGAAAAUCGUUACCAAAUUCAAUGGAAAAAUGUUUGAAGCCUCUCAACAACAUUGUCCCUUUGAUGUCGUCGCAUGGCAUGGAAAUUAUGCUCCUUAUAAGUAUGAUUUGGCCAAAUUUUGUGUUAUCAAUUCAGUAUCUUAUGAUCAUAUCGAUCCUUCUAUCUUUACAGUUUUGACUGCAAAAUCUACAACACCUGGUGUAGCCAUUGCUGACUUUGUUAUCUUCCCUCCAAGAUGGGCUGUUGCGGAACAUACUUUCCGACCACCUUACUUCCAUCGUAAUUGUAUGUCUGAAUUUAUGGGUUUGAUUCUUGGUGAUUAUGAAGGUAAAACUGGAGGAUUCCUUCCGGGAGGUGGUUCCUUACAUAGUGCAAUGACUCCUCAUGGACCUGAUGCCAAUGUCUUCAAUAUGGCAUCUGAAGCUGAAUUAUCACCUGUUCGUGUUGCUGAUAAUACACAAGCCUUUAUGUUUGAAACCAGUUUGAUGUUGUCUACUACAAAAUGGGGUUUGAAAACUUGUGGUAAAGUUCAAGAAGAUUAUUACAAAGCUUGGACGAACUUGGAAAACAAAUUCCAAAAGGAUUAGUUGAGUAGUUAUUAGUUAGUUAUGUAUUUUAUAUUCUUGUAUAGUCUUCUUUUAUUUUUAUUUUUUUUUUUUGUAUUACAAAUUCUAUUAUAUAAAAAGGUUCUCUUUUUAUAAAUAUAAAUCUUUAUAUUUAUCUAUUGAUUUUUAA